GAUAAAUCAAUCAACUUAACUUCCAGCAAUUCUUACGAUGUCUACCAAAAUUGGCAAGACAUUCACAUCCUUUCGAAAACUCCCACUAGAGCUCCGCCUUAUGAUCUGGGAGUUGGCAAAGCCAGCUGGUCGAAUCAUCAAACUCGAUUUAGUUGAAAGAUCUGCUAUCAAAGAAGAAUGGAAUUUGAAUCGAUUUCCCCCAUAUUCUGAUCAAUAUGGCCACGCAGAGAACUCUGACGAAAACCCGUUCAAAUACAACAAACUAUGGGGUUUUAAAUCAAAGACUACGAUCCCAGCACUCCUACUCGCGUGCCAUGAGUCUCAUGCAGUCGCAUCAAAGUGGUAUCCACGAGUAUUCCAAUGCUUUUCUGACAACCCGCAAGUACUUAAAUUCCCACCCCCUCUCCCAGGGCCAGGUUCAGUCUCACUACCACAGACGUACUUUAAUUUUAAGGAAGAUACACUCUUUAUCACGCCCAAGACUUUUCAAUCCAGAUAUAAAUCUGAAAAUAGCGAAGUAUCUGUACGCUUCGAUAAUCAAUGGCGAAUUCCGGAAGCAAUUAUAUCAGGGGUUUCCCGGCUGGCAUAUGAUCCAGAUUUCUCCAGAAUUGAGAACCUUGCGAUUCAGAUAAAUUCAGAUGAAUUAAAUCUGUCCUGGGAUAGUCAUGCGGAGUGGCUGGCCAGAUUUCUGGAGCGUGGAUUCCGCGACCUUAAGACACUUACCGUUGUAAUCGAUUAUCAUGUUCCAUCCCCUCGUUGGAGAAAAACACAGGGCGUGAAGAUUUCCAAAAAAGAUAGAGCAGAUCUUGUCUAUAUGGAUGAAUUGAUCGACGUCCAGGAUGCUUGUUGUUUCUACCACCCCGAUCGCCCUAUUCUUGAGCAUGAGAAGACAAAGUGGGUAGGACCAAAAGCCAAUGCCUCUUAUUUCACAGAGAGCCAUAUCAGAAAGGUGACCCAACACAUGAUGGGAGUUCUCAAAGAAGAGCAUCAUAAAGCUGGUAAAUUGAUGUGGAAUCUGCCAGAGAUACAAUUCAAGAUUGUCCUUCCCGCGAAAAUCAAAGCAAAUUUACACCGGAACGUGCAGCGAUACAAAAAGAAGUUUGAUGGUUGGCAAAGAGAAGCUGCUUCGAAGUCGAGAAAACAGGAAGAUAUCUCUUAAAUUAAAAAUACUCGCCAAUGAUUACCACAAGUCAGGAUGACGCUAGAUAUGCGGUGCUUUAUGCGGAUAGAUUAGUGUGUUUUUCAAGUGGGCAGAUCGUCACAGGGUUUUAUAUGGUAGAUGGGUUCAUGAGUGUUCGGCCUUGAGAUAGUGACCUUUAAACUAUCAGAAUUUCAAUAAUAUGCAUAAUAUUCUCA